UCAGCGCUCAGAGUCCUGAAUGAGGAGAAUGACAGUCACCUUCCAACGAGAUCAUGCUUACAGCUUACAUGUGCAUUUUCAGUAUGUUGCCUUUGGGUUAACAAUGCAAAGUUGUGAUUUUAAUGAAUAUAGUUAUGCGAGCCUAAGUCUACCUCAUGUUGAAAGUUAACGGUUUAGCUGUUUUAGAAAUCACGCGUUCUUGCAACGAUGUUGCAUUCUACCACAAAUCUAGUGAGAUCCGCCGUCAAGUGCUUUACCCGCUCUCACUGGAGUCCAGGAUCCAUAUGGUGUCCGUGUAGGAAUGUGUCUGUGAAAACAGGGGGAUGGAAAACCAAGAAAGUUCCUCAGCGAUACCUCGGGCAGCCAAGCCCCUACACACACCCUCACCUAAUCAAAUACGGUGAGGUGACCCCAGGUCUAACCCAGACAGAGUUCGAGUUGCGCCGGCAGCGCUUGGCAUCUCUGAUCGAGAUGCAGGCAGAUAGAUUGACAGCUUCUGGAACCUCCUCAAACUCCAACCACAUCGUCAUUGUCUUAUCACAUCCCAUUUGUUACAUGACCAAUGACAUCCCUUACCCGUUCCACCAGAACCAGGACUUCUUGUACCUGACCGGUAUUAUGGAACCGGACAGCGCGUUGGUCAUGUAUGGAUCUGGUAAGCCAGACCAGGCCGUGUUGUUCGUUCCUCGACGAGACCCAGCACGAGAGCUUUGGGACGGGCCUCGUUCGGGAAAAGAUGGAGCAGCUGCCCUGACAGGUCUAGAGCGAGUUCACAGCACAGAGGAACUGGGUGUAGUGCUAAAGAGUAUGAAAGGUGGAACUGUAUGGUAUGACAGCUCGCAGCCUUGCCAUCCGCGGUUGCACCAGACUCAUGUGCGCCCACUGUUGGAAGGAGGAACGCUGAUACAGUCUCUCCGACCACUCACUCAUUCACUUAGAGCUAUUAAGAGCCCAGCAGAGGUUGCACUGAUGAAGGAGGCAGGACGGAUCACAGCCCAGGCAUUUAAGAAGACAAUGGCCAUAUCUAGAGGGGAUGUUGAUGAAGGACUUCUUUAUGCAAAGUUUGAUUUCGAAUGCCGGGCUCAUGGUGCUAACUUCCUGGCUUAUCCUCCAGUGGUCGCCGGAGGAAACCGAGCCAACACUCUUCAUUAUAUCAACAACAAUCAAAUAGUCAAGGAUGGAGAAAUGGUCUUGUUGGAUGGAGGCUGUGAAUAUUUUGGUUAUGUCAGUGACAUCACACGCACUUGGCCAGUGAAUGGAAAGUUCAGUCCUGCUCAGAGAGAGCUGUAUGAAGCCGUGCUGGAGGUGCAGUUAGCCUGUCUGUCACAAUGCAACUCUGGAGUUAGCCUGGACUACAUAUACUCGACCAUGCUUAAUCAGCUGGCCCGACAGCUCAAAGAGCUUGGAAUCGUCUCACAAUCCACCAGUGAAACAGACGCACUAAAGGCUGCUCGGCAGUUUUGCCCCCAUCACGUUGGUCACUACUUGGGCAUGGACGUUCAUGACACACCUGAGCUCUCCCGUUCACAACCGUUGCAACCUGGCAUGGUGAUCACUAUAGAGCCAGGAUUGUACAUCAGCGAGAAUGAAAGCUCAAGCCCAGAGCGAUUCAGAGGUCUCGGUGUACGGAUCGAGGAUGACGUGGUAAUCCGGGACCAGGGGGGACCCCUCAUCCUUUCUGCACACACCCCAAAAACCAUUGCUGAUGUAGAGAGAACUUGCACAAAGGGAGAUGACUGAGAGGAAUGGAGAUGAAACAAAGCUAAUUCUUUCAUUAUAAUGAGUCUUAUUAAUCCAUCUUAUAACACCACCUCUCAUAGGGUUUUCUUUAAAUGUUUUGGAGUAAACCGACUAAACCUGAGAGGUCUACAUUUCACAGAAAUUGCUCCAGUUAAGUAUAAAAUCUACUGGAUUAACAGCUGGGCUUGUCUGGACAAGGUGCACCUUCUCACAGAUACCCGUUUCACUCCUACGCUAGCCAAUUGAAAGGUCUAGUUUUGUUAGGUUGUGUUAGGUAUUUGAACUUCUCUUGUUGGUUCAGGGUUUACAGGAGAGUUUAAAUGAGCACGGUGAACUAAAUUUUUAGUAUUUCACUGUGAAAAGCUUUGCCUGUUAGAUGAGGUGUGUGUUUUUAAUGACUUUUUUACUUUUGUUGAAAUAAAUUUGUAAUUCUGUA